AUGAACUUAGGAUAUCUCUUUUUGCUGGUUGGAGUUUAAUGCAUUCUGUACUAAUUUAAUGCAACAAAUCAAUAUUUGUUAGUAGAGAAUGAAGCAGAGGAAUGGGUAUAAAUGAAAAUUCAGAUCUAUGAACAUAAUGUAAAAUAGAGCGAAGCCAUUGAAAAUUAUGAAAAAUACCUACAACUUUAUUAUAAAUUGAAAUUAGGAUCAUACUACGAAUUAGAAAUAGUUAUAAUACCUGAGACGAAUUUCAAAAUCCAAUAAAUAAAUUAAAAAGUAUGUCCUAAGUAAUGCUCUAAGAAUGGAAAUUGCAUCAAUAAUAGUUGCCAGUGUUAUGAAUCAUUUUUUGGAUCAAGAUGCUAAUUUGAAAUAGAAAGCUAUUAUAACAUUCAAUAAUAUAACAUUGAAUUACAUUAAUUUGAAACUUCGUAUUUAUUACUGCAGUAUCAAUAGUCAGAUUUGAUCAAUGACCAAGGAUAGAGAUAGACAAAAAAUAUGAUUUUGUCAAGUAAUCAUGCUAUUGAAAUUCAGCUCUAUCUAGUUUUACCAUAUCAAAACAUAUCCACAAGUAUUCAAAAUCAAAAUAUCCUUUAUAACAAUUCCUUAAAUGGAUCUACUACAAUUGAUUUUUCACCAUUUUAUUAAUCUUAUAGCAGUUCUUAGGUUAGCUAUUCCUUCUUUUUUAUUUUUACAAAUAACUAUACAAAUUAAGAAAGAUAUUCAAUGACUUUUGAUUUAAAAAGUCAAGAGAUCACAUUUUAAGACUUCAUAUUAGUGACUAUUCUUAGCGUAGUAGCCUUUAUAAUUUUAUUAAUUGUAAUAUUUAUAGUAAGGAGGAGAUGCUAAUAUAUUUAGAUAAGCAAGUUAAAAUAUUCAAUUGAUCAUCAACCAAAAAUGGAUAUUGUUGGGUAACUGGCAAUUGUGACUCCUGCAAAAGAUGAAGAAUGUAUAGUGUGUUUAGAUUUACUGGAAAAUUAGUAAUGCAGAUAAACUUCUUGUAAGCAUAUUUUUCAUGAAUAAUGUUUGAAUGAAUGGUUACAAAAAUAACAAACUUGUCCACUCUGCAGGGAGAAUUUGUUUGAGGAAGAAGGAGCACAAAUAAUGAAGGUCAGAAAUUUAAGUUCCUCUUCAAUAGUUGCGGGCUAAUUUUCAAUUAUAUAAAGUGAAAGACAACCAAUUUAAUAAAUUAUACUUUCAAGAUCAAUGAAUAAUAGACUGGCUGCGUUCUAAUGA